GCGAUCACCAUCACCACUCACCAAUCACCAGUGCUGUGCUGUGAGUUCUCAGUUCUCAGUCGCCCGCCACAAUCUCUGCUCGACGCAGAUAACAGUACAGUCCACAUUCCUCGAAUCCUGAACACCGGUUCAAGUUCACUUUUCCUGUAAAAGUUACGUCAGACAAUUCGUGUUUCCAGUAUUGCAGUGUAUGUUUUCCUCGUGGUGCAACUCGAGACAAAAUUAUAUUGCACAGUGUCCUGGAAGUGAAUCUUUAAAUCUUCUAUCAGUUUUAACUAUGGAAAAUGUCGAGAGUAACAAAAUACCGACCCGGGUCAGUCGUGAUCAUGGCGUGUGCGCGUUGUGCCUAUUAUCCAACAUGGAGCACACGGGUGUUUACGACCGAGGAUUGUGGUUGUCAGAGGUUGGUGAUCGAGACUUCCAACAAGCAACGUCGGAAACCACAAGAUCGAUACAGCAGACCGCCAAUUUUUCCUCGAGAAUUUACAUCAGACCUGAACCCGCCUUAGUGAGAUGGAAGAUGGCGGUUAGAGGGUUCUCAAGAGACUUUGGAAGUCUAUGCAGCGUUGCUGUAGGGACCCCUUGCUUGUGCUUUGUGUACGGGUUUGUCUUCCUAACCCUUGCCUUUUACCUUUCCCACCUCAUUUUCAAGGGUAUAUUUUCCAUAUUGCUGUUCUUGUUGUUGGUGAGCCUGAUAACAGUUAUGUCACUUGCACUUCCAAUCUACUGUUGGAGGAGUGGAAUUCUGGAUAGACUCGAAUCAAGGACGAGGCGGAGACAGGUUAGUAGGACUGAUUUUGU